UUGACGUGAACGUGUCGCUGUCAGAUGAGUGCGACCUGUGGACAUCAUCACACAUCAUCCUACAGGAGAGCAAAGUUUACAGAGGGCCACUUUAUCAGACCCGACCACACAAACAGGAUUUAUAGGAGAGGCUGAGACGGGGGCUGAGGCUGCGCGAGGAGCCGGCUUGUGCAGCAUGUAGGACCGAAGAAGAAGAAGAAGACCAUUGAGCUCCUCCUUUCUGUUCCAUCUCUCCGCUCCUCCGAUCGCUCUGAUCAGAUCCUCUCCAGAUCAGGAGCCAUGGGUGGGAGUCUGGGCUGCCACCGCUCCAUCCCCAAAGACCCCACAGACUUCAGCUGUGGGAAGCGUAAAUUCAGCGCGGCGUGUAACUUUGGCCACAUCCUGGUGAACCAGGAGCGGCUAAACAUCAACACGGCCACCGAGGAGGAGCUCAUGACUCUACCAGGAGUCAACCGCACUGUAGCCCAGAACAUCGUGGAGUACCGGGACUGUAUCGGUGGCUUUAAGAAGGUGGAGGACCUAGCUCUUGUGAGUGGGAUCGGAGCCACUAAACUGGAAGUGAUCAAACUGGAGAUCUGCGUCUCCAGCAGGACCAGCUCCUCUCAGCACUCCCCGUCCUCUCUGCGUAAAGACCUAGACCACCAGUCCAGCACUGGCAUUAACAUUAACACUGCCACCCCAGCACAGCUCAUGAGCAUCCGGGGCAUCACGGAGAAGAUCGCCAAGAACAUUGUGGCAUACAGGACAGAGCAUGGUCCUUUUAAGAGCAUCGAGGACCUGGUGAGGGUGAACCACAUCAACAGCUCCUUACUGGACAAAAUCCGCUUCCAGGUUUUCGUGGAGCGCUCCAGAGCGCCGUCUACCAACACAAAUGGAGGGCUCACCUGCACCACCAAGUCCCACCCAAGCCCGACGUCAUUCAGCCUCAUGAGCGACGACCUGGAUCUACCCCCCGGAGGACCCACCCAGAUUAUCUCCGUGCGGCCCAACCUGGAGCCUCCGUCCGGCCUGCGUGAUGGGAAACCGGUGGUUAGGCUAGCCACCUGGAACCUGCAGGGAUGCUCCUGCGACAAGGCCAACAACCCCGGGGUCAAAGAGGUGGUGUGCAUGACACUGCUGGAGAAUGAUAUCCGGUUACUGGCGGUGCAGGACCUGCUGGAUCGAGACGCUCUCGAUAAGUUUUGUGUGGAGUUAAACCAGGGAACUCUGGCCAGCGUACGACGGUGGAAAGGACCACGAGGGCUGUGGAAAUGUGUUGUCUCUGAAAAACCAACUGCACAUUCCAGCAAGGGAGUGAGUUACUCUGGCUUUCUGUGGGACAGUUCGUCAGGUAUCGACCUGAAGGAUACAACGGCCCUGGAGCCUCCUGUCGUCAACGGCAACGGGAACCAUACCUAUCCACGACUCUACCUGGCUCACUUUACUGUUGGUUCAUAUGAUCUGACGGUGGUGAACGUCCACAUGCAGGCUGCAGCUCCUUUGGGAGAAUCCAACGGAAAAAUCCACAACAUGGAUGACACCAAGAGUCAGCGCCUCUCCCCAAGCAUCCAGGAAACACUGAAAGCUGAGAAGGAGCUGGUGGUGCUGGGAGAUUUCGGCGCCCCUCCUCAGAGCUCAGAUCUGGAAGUACUGAGAAAGGAGAAGCUCAGCGCUCUGAUACCAUCCACCACCUACACUAACAUCAGCACCCGCUCUCCGCAGGGCAACCGCUGCCUCGACAACAUCUGGCUGAGUCGCUCCCUAAAGAAGAUCUACUCUGGUCACUGCAUGGUGGUGCGGGAGGCAUUGACAAACCCGUGGAUCCCAGACAACUGGUCAUGGGGUGGCGUGGCAUCAGAUCACUGUCCUGUCGUGGCUGAAUUUUACAUCGAUAUAUCCCAGAAGGAGCUGAGUCGGCCUGGUAUGGCCGUGGUGGACAGAGGAGACAUUUUACCCAAACAUGAACGAUGACAGAAUCCAUGGUGAUGAAUAAAAUCAGACUUUGUCCUGCCUGGAUAACACAGAGGAGUUAUGGGUUUCCUGAUGAAUGUGAAGACGUGCCAAGAUUGCCUUUUGGGUUUAAAUUUCUAAACAUGUGAUAGUAACGGGUGAGUAAUAGAGCCAUAAAAUGUUUAAACAGAGUAUAUAAAAUGGACUUUAAACAGAAAUGUGCCACACAUUUUCUAUCUGUGUAUAUAAUAAAGAGAA